AGGACCCGGAGCCGGUGUCGGUGGUGAUGUGGUGGGUGCCCUUCGGGCACAUCUGGAACUUAGGGGACUGCGGGCAGCUUUUCAACAUCAGCGCCUGCAAAGUCUCCACCAAUCGCAGCCACCAGCUGGGCGCGCACGCCGUCAUCUUCCAUCACCGGGAGCUCCUGCGGCAUGGCAUCAGCCAGAUGCCCCAGCAAAGGCCGCCAGGCCAGCGGUGGGUCUGGAUGAACUUCGAAUCGCCCACCCACACAACGGGCCUGCGAGGGCUGACUGGCCUUUUCAACUGGACCAUGUCCUACAAAGUGGACUCUGAUGUCUUUGUGCCCUAUGGGUAUCUCAAGCUGCUCCCAGAGCCCCUUAUCCAGUUCACCUUGCCCAAGAAGACCAAGCUGGUGGCGUGGGUCAUCAGUAACUGGAAUGAGGGUCACGCCCGGGUCCGUUAUUACCACCAGCUGAAAAAAUAUCUCCCCAUUGAUAUUUAUGGGGGUCAUGGACUGGCACUCAAAGACGGUAAUGUGGUCAAGACAGUUUCAGAGUACAAGUUUUACUUGGCCUUUGAAAAUUCCCAGCAUCAGGACUACAUCACGGAGAAACUCUGGAGGAACGCCUUUGGAUCUUGGGCUGUCCCCGUCGUCUUGGGCCCUCCUAGGGCCAACUAUGAACGGUUUGUCCCCUCCGACUCCUUCAUUCAUGUCAAUGACUUCUCUGACCCCAUGGAGCUGGCCGUUUACCUAAAAUUCCUAGAUAAAAACAAGAACAUGUACAGAAAAUAUUUUGCCUGGAGGAAACAGUAUGAAGUGCGGGUGUCUUCAUUCUGGCUCGAACACUCUUGCAAGGUUUGUAAUACAGUCAGGGCUCUGGGAAAACAGUCCAAGACUGUCCAGAACCUCGCCAGCUGGUUUGAAAGUUGACUUCGUGGGAUUGGCUGAGCUUCCAUGCAGGAUGGUUGGGUUGAUGCAUUUACCCAUCCAACGCACAAGAAUAUUUUAUUUUAGUUUUUUUGUGGAGAGCCAAUUGAUAAGUUGAGAUUGCUUGGUUUAAUCAUCAUGGGGAGAGUCACCAUAGUGUGUGAGUGUGUGGACUUUUGUUGUCUCUCCUGUACGGUAGAUAUGGUUGUUCAUCAAGCUGAAGCACUAGCAUUUGUAGGCCUCCAUAUAUGUUAACAUUUUCUUGUAUCCAGGAUCCUAACUAAUACGUGCACUUGAGCCCAAUUCUCACUAAUGUGCCUGUUUUUACAUCAGUAGAAUUUUUAAAGUGGAGAACAUUUAAAAAAUGAGACUUUUUUUCCCAUGUAUGUACAAUCUGAAGAAGAUGAUCUAUGAUGACUCACUACAGGCUUGGUGAUGUGAUGCCUUACAUUGAGAAAAGUCAGAUGGUGUGAAAUUCUGACUUGUUCUCAGUUUGUUUUACCCAUAUUUUAAAAAAAACUUUUAUUGCUGGGAUGAACCAGAAAAAACAGAUCCGUUUGUCAAGAUAGAGAAUGUCAGGAUGAAAUAUCUUCACCAAAUUGUUUUACUACAUGCUAACAUUUUACGGGUCACUAAUGCUGAUUACAGCUGUGCUUUAUUAAAAACUCAUAGGCAAAAUGGCUUCCUAAGUCUGACCAUUGAUGUGUCUUGCACAGUUUCCACACACGGGAUGGUAUAGUCCAAAUGUUGACACAUAGGGAAGAAUUAGAUUAUUGGUUAGCUAGUUGGCAAAACCAUCUCUAGCUGAUUAAAAAUGCAUCGGGAAAGUGAUUAGGAAAAAGUGGUGCUAUUUGAUCAGAGCACUUUUUUAAAAAAAUUAAUCCUCGGGUUUGCCAUGUGCCUUAUAGAUGAUUUUUCCAGAUGUCUUGAAAACAGCCAAUUUGGGAGCCAAUGUUUCCAAAGAGGAAGUUGUUAUUUUUUUCUCCAAAACAAUUUAUACUAUAGGAUCUUUUGUCCUGGAAUAGAAUAUACUGAGAACUAAAACAGUAUAUGAACCACUCACUGUAGCACUGACAUUUUGUAGUAUUGUAUUAUUUGUUCAAUGAGAGUUAGCAAAACAGUACUAGUAGAUUUUUGUCCACUGACAUUGGAGGGCUUUUACCCAAUGACUUUUCUCAUGCAGAAUCCAUUAAGAAAAAAUACUUUGUUUAGGGAUGUCAACACUUGGACUGUAUUAGCUGCACAUAAGCUGAUAUUGAAGCUGGUGUACUUAGCAUGUGCGGGCAGUCAAUCUGCUUUCACAGUUUUUAAUUGCAGCAGACUCAGAGAAGCUUCUGUCUGUGGGUCUUAAGUUGCAACAGUCUCAAAAUGUCCUUAAUCUGUGAUUCUUCAGCUAGAUCCCCCAUAGACAUGAAUUACAUAGGGGAAAAAUGGUAUUCCAUAAAAACAUCUAUUUGGAGCAUAUGAAGGAUUUCUUUCACUAAAAAUGAAUGUAUUUGCACCCAGAAGAAAAGUAAAGAGAGAUGUGGUAGGAAAACAUGAUGCAAACAGCUUCACUGGUUUUCCAAGAGUUUCUAUGUUUUUUUGGCAUUGUGCAAUUUUCCUGUCCUCCAUGGGGGAAAAGAUAGGUACAAUCUCAGCUAAAUCAGAUUUGCUCACAUGGUAUAAAUUCCACAGUGCUACACAGUCUUACCUAUCAGUAAAUUUCAUGUAAGAGGACUUCUGAUUAGGGAUGGGUAGGAACUCCUUUAUUUUCAUUUCUUUGCGUUUGCAUUAGUACUUGACGUCUCUAUUGUUCAAUGAUUCAUCAAGAUUCUGGAAUUCUGUAAAAUUGAAAAUGCUGUGAUGGGAAGAGAAAUACAAAGUAGACAAGUUGCAAACAGAUGUGAAUUUUGAAAUCAUUUGCUGGAUGAGGCUGGAAAUGAAAGGAGCGUUAAGUAAAAUCUCCCUUGACUAGAGCGUCAUUUCUGAUGACACAUUCUCAUUUUUUUUUUAUAGCAAAAAUUCAUAGCUGUCUUUCAGGAUGAUUCUCAACUUCCCAAUCUAAUUUAUAGCCCUGGUAUUGACCUUCAGAGCACUAACCAGGGCCGUGCCUGUUUGCUUCCCCACCCAGAGAAGUUGGUGAGAUGUUUCCACAUGUCUUUUAAAGGAAGUGGACCUUGAGGUAGUAUGUCAUAAAGUUUUAGUACAGGUUAACUCUGUUUUCUUUUUUUCAUUUCUACCAUUCUACCAUCAUAUGGAGCAAUAACCUGCACUAAAGAUAAAGUUGUAUCUUGUAAAUUUACAAGAUUCAGUGAGUGGAAAU